AUGUCGGGAGUCAGCAGUGACCAGCUCCACAAAUCCACUCUGACCAUCUACUCGAACCUGAUGGAGCAGUUCAACCCGGGCCUGGAGAAGCUCGUUGCACUCGGAACCAGCUACGUCAAAGCUUUCCAAGCUCUCGCUGUUUGCAGUGAGGCCUACUUCAGUGCGGUGGCUAAGAUGGGCGACCAGGCACUCCACACACUUUCAUCCCGCUCACUUGGCGACGUCCUGAUCCAGAUGUCAGAAACACAGAGGAGACUCACGGCGGAGAUGGAGGGAGUGUUUCGAUGGUUUCAGGUUGAAGUCCUGCAAGCAAUGGAGAAGAAUAUCAAGCUGGACGAGGAGUACAUUGAUGGCAGCCGGAGAGUUUAUGAGCUGGAGGUGAGGAAUCAGGCCGAGACGCUGGAGAAACAGCUCAGACGGGGAACUUUCCGAGACUCACUGGAGAACAGUGAGUACAUGUUAUACCUGAGGCAGAGCCAGCAGGAGAUCCUGAAGGAGGAGGAGAGGAGGUAUCGGUUCCUGGCAGAGAAACACUGCGGCCUCACUCAGUCACUGCUGUUUCUAAUAAAUAAGACCGGCGCUUCGCUCCUCCAAAAGGCAGACGGAUGGAAGGAAAAAGUGAACGAGACCAGAGGGACGAGGUCUCGAACCCCCACCCAUCUGGACCAGGAGGUACCGCUGCGAGGUUCAGUCAGCUCGCUGCUGCAGACCGUGGCCAGAGAAGAGGACAUGUCCUGGGCCCGGCGGGAGCAGCAGGCUCUGGGCAGAGUGCCCUCUAGAGCUCCAUCCCCCCUCCCCAGCCGCUCCCGCUCCAGCUCGGUGGGGGAGUCUCUGGGUCUGGGGGGGGGCCGAGCCAUGAGGGCCCUGGUGUCCCACCCCUCCUCGUCCAACCCCAAGCUGCUGCCGUUCAGCCGGGGGGAGACGGUCAUCGUGCUGGUUCAGGAGCCCCGGAACGGCUGGCUGUACGGGCGCACCGACAGCAGCCUGCGUCAAGGCUGGUUCCCCGCAGCGUACGUAGCGCCGCUGGAAGAUUUCUCAGACAAUUUAACCGCGAGUGGAGGCUCCCUGAGGAGCCACAGCAUGAACAACUUGGUGGAAUCCACCGAGACCUACUCAGACCCGUCCGAGAGCAAGAGCUACGGCGACGUGCCGCCGCCGGCCACGCCCAACCGCCGGGCCUCCGUAGACUUCCGGCCCAUCUCCCCCAUUCCUGAGAGGAAGGCGGAGCAGCCGAAGAGCCACGGCGACCUCCACCCUCUGCCGCCCCCGCCGCCGCCUCCCCCUCCACACGGCGUCCGGCGGGGCUCCAUGGAUUUUCGGCCCAUCUCUCCGCUCCCCGAAUCAGCUUCUGACGUCCAGGCUCUCAUGCCGCACGGGAACCCCGAAAACCCUCUGUUUCCCAGAGGCACGAACCCUUUCGCCACCGUGAAGCUUCGCCCCACCACGACCGACGACAGGUCCGCUCCUCGGAUCCACUGA